AUGCUAGAAACGUCCGUGGGUGGCUUGAUAACAAUUAUGCUGGGUGGUGGAUUGGUCGAGAAGGACCUGUUGAAAAUGUGGGGAAAAUCGUUGAAAUUUGUGGGGCGCAGGGACCGAGUCAUGAAAAGGUGGGGCCAAAAAGUAAAUCUUGGUCUCAUAGAGGAAGCGGCCAUGAAAAGCGAUUACGUCAGCAAUUGCUGCUGUAUCAAUGACGUCACACGCGGUCUUGUACUGUUCUAUCAGGCGGAUAAUUUCCAGAUUGACCACAAUAGUCAGUUGAAAUUCUGGUUGAAGAGAGAAGGACUUCUGCCUAAUAACGCGUCUGUUCCGGAUACUUUAAUUCAGCUACAUGAGUUGCCUCUAAAUUGCAAUGGUAAAAUUGAUCGUUCUCAACUGGAGAAAAUUCUCAGAGAACUGACCCAUCUGAAACAAAUUCAACUCUGAAGAUUCCAUUCCGACUACAUCUGAGAUCUCUCUGGAUAUCCUGUACAUCGGGUAGCAGCGUCCAUUUUGAAGAAAAGAAUGAAAAUUCAGAUAAAAUUGAUGAAAAAAGCUCGGCGGGUUUUAUUUCAUGUGGUGGUACAUCGAUAUCAGCUGUACAGUUCAUCUCAAAAUUGCACCAGUUCCUCCCCAAGGUUCCCAGUGAACUGUUGACUAAUCUUUUAUCAGACUGUACUUUUGAGGAAUGUUGUAGUUUACUUGAGGAACAAAGUUUGGGGAAAUGUUGAGACAAAGUUUUAGAAAAUGUUCAGUCUGAAUUUGGAAAAAUAUUGGAACAAAGCUUAUGGAAAAUUUUGGAACAAAUUGUAUACAAGGUAUAGAAACUACUUCCAAUUCUGAUCGUGAAGGUUUCUGACUUCUCCGAGCCUGUAGAUUCUGUAGAAAGUAUUGGAGCAA